CGACCCGAUCGCUUUCGCAGCAGCCGAUUAUCCUCAUGGAGGCCUUCAUAGCAGCAAGGGCUCCAAUUCCUGUCAGCUUUGCCCCAGUGGCAGUUGCGAACGCCGCACAUGAGAGCCAUGGCCGAGGCAGCACAGGCUCUGCCGCCACCGCCUCAGUGGCGUUGCUCUGCGCCAUUGGCUCUAGCAGAGGCCGCCGCAACGCCACGGAGCGCCGCAUUGCGCUCGCACGGCGAAGACCGCCAGCAAAGGUGGCACGACAAGUUUGCCAUCGAAGCUGCCACGGCGGCGAGCAUUUGAGCCCAGAAAGAAAGCAAGAACUGGAGGCCAUUUGCCAAAAAAUCGCUACGCCGGGCAAAGGCAUCACAGCGACCGAUGAGGGCCCCGGUACUAUCGGCGGCCGCUUCGAAAACGUCGGUGUGGAGAACACCGAAGAGCACAGGCGGAUCUACAGACAGAUGUUGUAUGACACGCCGGGCAUCAACAACUACCUCAGUGCGGCCAUCCUGGACCCAGAAACCAUGUACCAAAAGGACGAUGACGGCGUGCCAUUUCCUCAAGCCUUGGAGAAGCGAAACAUCAUCCCUGGUGUGAAGCCUCACCUGAAGGUCUAUGAGCUGCCGGGCUGCCCUGGCGACACCGUGAUGCAGGGCUUGGAUUCCCUGGCGCAGCGGUGUAAGGAGUACAAGGCUGCCGGCGCGAAGUUCGCCAAAUGGAGAAGUCCGUUGCAGAUCUCGCGCUGGGGCCCAAGCCGCCUUGCCAUUGAAGCCAACAUGAACGACUUGGCGCGCUAUGCCUUGAUAUGUCAAGAUGAAGGUUUGGUUCCCAUCGUCGAGCCGGACAUCGUCAUGAAAGGUGAACAUGACUUGGAGACAGCCAUGGCGGUGAACAUCGAAGUUCAGUCGACCCUUUACAAGGCGAUGUUGGAGCAUGGCGUCUACAUGGAAGGGACGAUCCUCAAGACGAAUUUGGUGAAUCCUGGACUGUCCUGUGACACGGACUACAGCGUGGAAGAGAUUGCAAUGGCAAACACAGCAGUCUUGCGGCGCACGAUGCCCGUGGCCAUCCGCGGAGUGAACUUCCUGAGCGGCGGACAGACCUUGGAAGGUGCUGCAGCAAGGCUCAAUGCCAUCAACCAGGUGAAGAACCGCAUGGGCCGAAUGCCAUGGAACAUCUCCUUCUCGUGGAGCUGGGCGCUCCAGGCGCCUCUUCUGGACCUCUGCAAGGGCAAAGGCGGCAAGAUUCCUUUGAAAGAGAUGAGUGAGCUUUACCUCCAAGAACUGGCGAUCGCCAGUGCUGCAGCUCAAGGAAAGUAUAAGGAGGGGAUUCCGCCAGAGGUUAUUCGAGAAGAUGAAGAAGUGAAGAAAAAGGAUGCAGACGAACCCACAAAGGAAGCAGAGGCCAAGAAGGAAGAGCCAAGGAAGGACGAGAAGAAGGAAGAACCGAAGAAGGAGGCAGAGGCCAAGAAGGAAGAGCCAAAGAAGGAGGAGAAGAAGGAAGAACCUAAGAAGGAUGCAGAGGCCAAGAAGGAAGAGCCAAAGAAGGAAGAGAAGAAGGAAGAAUCGAAGGAGGCAGAGGCCAAGAAGGAAGAGCCAAAGAAGGAGGAGAAGAAGGAAGAACCCAAGAAGGAGGCAGAGGCCAAGAAGGAAGAGCCAAAGAAGGAGGAGAAGAAGGAAGAACCCAAGAAGGAGGCAGAGGCCAAGAAGGAAGAGCCAAAGAAGGAAGGAAGAGAAGAACCCAGAGGCCAGAAGGAAGAGCCAAAGAAGGAAGAGAGGCAAGGAAGAACCGAAGAAGGAGGCAGAGGCCAAGAAGGAAGAGCCAAAGAAGGAAGAGAAGAAGGAAGAACCAAGAAGGAGGUCAGAGGCCAAGAAGGAAGAGCCAAAGAAGGAAGAGAAGAAGGAAGAACCCAAGAAGGAGGCAGAGGCCAAGAAGGAAGAGCCAAAGAAGGAAGAGAAGAAGGAAGAACCGAAUAAGGAGGCAGAGGCCAAGAAGGAAGAGCCAAAGAAGGAGGAGAAGAAGGAAGAACCGAAGAAGGAGGCAGAGGCCAAGCAGGAAGAGCCAAAGAAAGAGGAGAAGAAGGAAGAACCCAAGAAGGAAGCAGAGGCCAAGAAGGAAGAGCCGAAGAAGGAAGAGAAGAAGGAAGAACCUAAGAAGGAGGCAGAGGCCAAGCAGGAAGAGCCAAAGAAGGAAGAGAAGAAGGAAGAACCCAAGAAGGAGGCAGAGGCCAAGAAGGAAGAGCCAAAGAAGGAGGAGAAGAAGGAAGAACCUAAGAAGGAGGCAGAGGCCAAGAAGGAAGAGCCAAAGAAGGAGAGAAGAAGGAAGAACCCAAGAAGGAGGCAGAGGCCAAGAAGGAAGAGCCAAAGAAGGAGGAGAAGAAGGAAGAAUCGAAGGAGGCAGAGGCCAAGAAGGAAGAGCCAAAGAAGGAGGAGAAGAAGGAAGAACCCAAGAAGGAGGCAGAGGCCAAGAAGGAAGAGCCAAAGAAGGAGGAGAAGAAGGAAGAACCCAAGAAGGAGGUAGAGGCCAAGAAGGAAGAGCCAAAGAAGGAGGAGAAGAAGGAAGAACCGAAGAAGGAGGCAGAGGCCAAGAAGGAAGAGCCAAAGAAGGAGGAGAAGAAGGAAGAACCCAAGAAGGAGGCAGAGGCCACGAAGGAAGAGCCAAAGAAGGAGGAGAAGAAGGAAGAACCCAAGAAGGAGGUAGAGGCCAAGAAGGAAGAGCCAAAGAAGGAGGAGAAGAAGGAAGAACCGAAGAAGGAGGCAGAGGCCAAGAAGGAAGAGCCAAAAGGAAGAAGAAGGAAGAAUCAAGGAAGGAGACCCAAGAGAGGCCAGAGGCCAGAAGGAAGAGCCAAAGAAGGAGGAGAAGAAGGAAGAACCCAAGAAGGAGGUAGAGGCCAAGAAGGAAGAACCAAAGAAGGAGGAGAAGAAGGAAGAACCCAAGAAGGAGGCAGAGGCCAAGAAGGAAGAGCCAAAGAAGGAGGAGAAGAAGGAAGAACCCAAGAAGGAGGUAGAGGCCAAGAAGGAAGAACCAAAGAAGGAGGAGAAGAAGGAAGAACCCAAGAAGGAGGCAGAGGCCAAGAAGAAAGAGCCAAAGAAGGAGGAG